GCGGUUGGUGAUUUGACGUUGACAUUUUCCGGCCUCCCUCCGGAUUGGGCAAUGAAGGAGAGAUCUGAUUGGCUGCUGAAACAACAUUAGGCAAUGCUAAACAAUGUGACCAAUCAGCAUCGGCCGCCCCACCAUUCCUCCCGAAGGUAUAACAGGGCGCAAUGUGGGCGGAUUGGAGUCUUCUCAGUGACAGUGUUGGUGGGAUUGGGGGACUAUGUCUGGGAGAGGAAAGGGCGGGAUGAAAGCGCGCACCAAGGCCAAGUCUCGGUCGUCCCGGGCUGGCCUGCAGUUCCCGGUGGGCCGUAUUCACAGGCUCCUGAGAAAGGGCAACUAUGCUGAGCGGGUGGGGGCCGGAGCGCCGGUCUAUCUGGCUGCGGUGCUGGAGUAUCUGGCGGCUGAAGUCCUGGAGCUGGCCGGCAACGCGGCCCGGGACAACAAGAAAACCCGCAUCAUCCCCAGGCACCUGCAGCUGGCCGUGCGCAACGACGAGGAGCUCAACAAGCUGCUGGGAGGGGUGACCAUCGCUCAGGGAGGGGUGCUGCCUAAUAUCCAGGCCGUGCUGCUGCCCAAGAAAACCGCCCCCACCAAAAAGUGAAGAGACUGAUCUUGACUCUGACAACCCAAAGGCUCUUUUAAGAGCCGCUCACAAUAUCAGAGAAAGAAACUAGACCCCCAUCUCUA